GAAGCAACGCCCACACCUCCACCUCCACCACACGCCACGCUACCUGGCCCAGCUCCGCCUCCACCAUCCGCCCGAGCAGGCUCACGCACUUCUCGUUUCCCGGCCGGCCGUCCAUGGAGAUCAUCGACGCAGAGCUGCGGCUCGGCCCGCCCGGCAGCGGCGGCGGAGACGGGGGGUUCGGCGCGUCGUCGGCGGCGCAGAAGAAGCGGCCGUCGUCGACCGUGGCUGCGGCGGCCAGCGAGGCCUCCGGGACCGACGACCACGACGCCGCACCGGCUUCCAAGGUUCAGGUUGUUGGGUGGCCGCCGGUGGGCGCGUACCGGAAGAGCACGUUCCAGUCGGCGGCGGCGAAGGAGAGCAAAGGCGCCGGCGAGGCGGGGAGCAAGAGGUCCGCCGGAGGAGGAGGGGGGCUGUACGUGAAGGUGAGCAUGGACGGGGCGCCGUACCUUCGGAAGGUGGACCUGAGGACGUACGGCGGGUACCGGGAGCUGCGCGCGGCGCUGGACGCGCUCUUCGGCUGCUUCUCCUCCUGCUCCUCCCCGGACAACGCCCCCUUCGCCAUGGCCUACGAGGACAAGGACGGCGACCUCAUGCUCGCCGGCGACGUCCCCUGGGACAUGUUCAUCUCGUCCUGCAAGAGGCUGAGGAUAAUGAAAAGCUCGGAAGCACGAUGAUGGCGACGAAAAGGACACGAUCGUGCACACAUACAUAAAUGAAGCGAUCCGGAGACGAUGGAAACUUGCCGUACGUGGCUCAUGAUCAGAGACGGACACACAGACGCAUGCAUGAUCGGGCCGGCCAUGGGUGAACGGCGACGGAGGCCGUGACCCGUGAGCUAGCCGGUUCACGCACGCGCGCUCUGUGAAGUGUACUGAUCUGCAUCCACCCGCUCGGUACGAACGCGAGGCUGGGUCCAGGGACUCACAGGCGCGCGAGCUCCGGCGGCCAGUCCGGCCGGAUCGGCGCGCAGGUAGCAUGCAGUAGCGGUAGCAGACUAGCAGUACUGUUUUGUCGGAGUAGUAGGUAGUAGAGUACAUGCACGUACUGAUGUUGUACAGCCAGAGGUUCAGGCAGCCAUGUAAGAAAGGACCGGGACUUGGGUGUCCGUGUAGUAGAUAAGUUCUCUGCUUAGUUUUACAAGUUUCCCUUUUGUAUUA